CGUCGGACGCGUCCCCCUCCCCCGUCAUGCCUCACCCAUCUUCCCAUCCUAUACACUCAGAUGCGCACCAGCUCUCUCACGCCCCUUCACCCGAAACAGCCCGCUCCUCUCGCCGAUGCGCACCCCGGGCUUCAACCCGCCGAAGGAGCGCCUCAAGAUCAUCAAGGAGAAGCUAACGCCCAAGGAGAACAUAUACACCAUUCCGAACCUGCUCACGGUCUCGCGCAUUGUCGCGUGCCCCUUCCUCGGCUACGCGAUCCUGCACGGGAACUUCCACAUCGCCACCGGGCUGCUGGUGUACGCGGGCUUGACUGACUUGGUCGACGGGUAUUUGGCUCGGAACUUCAAGAUGGGCUCGGUGCUUGGGACGAUCCUGGAUCCUGCGGCGGACAAGACGCUUAUGACUACCUUGACCGUGACGCUGGGCAUGAAGGGCCUCAUACCUGUACCACUGGCGGUCCUGAUCAUUGGCCGAGACGUACUCCUUAGCUUGUCUGCGUUCUACAUCCGCUAUACCUCCCUCCCGGCACCGAAAACCAUGGCACGAUACUGGGACUUUUCAAUACCGUCUGCCGAGGUGCAUCCCACCAUGAUCAGCAAGAUCAACACCGCGCUACAGCUGCUCCUCAUGGGCGCGGCCACUGUAGCACCAAUAUUGCCCUUCGACCUCGCCGACCCAUUGUGGUAUCUACAAUGGACCGUCGCCGCUACGACAAUAUCAAGCGGCUUAUCCUACGUCUUCUCCAAGAACGCAGUCCGUAUAUUAUCGAAAGGGCCUAAGCCAUGACGAAGAUUGCCUCUACAUCUCGGCCGUUGUCGUUCCUGGGGGAACUUGGAUCGGCUCAUGCGAGAAUCGAUACUUGCCACUGCAUUCAGGAAACUCGCCUGAAGAGUUCCAUCGGCAUGCGACCGCACGGGCUUUCAUCGACCGUCUACCUAAAGGCGCGUAUAAUCUACUUUCACGGGCUAGUAAAGAGUCUAGUCAUAGAUUGCAAAACAACACUGCAUGGCUCGGUCAGAAAAAA